AUGGUAACCAUCCAAAGAUUCACCCUCCGCUUAAUUCCCACAGCCGCUCCACUUGCCCGACCCAUUUUCGGGCUUCGAAGGCCCGCAUUAGGGCCCCAAACAGUGUUCCCUUCAAGGAGCCACAGCUCUGGUUUAGCUCCACGUGCGGGUUGGUUCCUGGGCAUGGGCGACAAAAAGAUUGCGUUGCCGGACACAGUGAAAGCCGGCGACCCGGUUCUCCACGAGCCGGCUCAGGAGGUCCGGCCCGAAGAAAUCGGGUCUGAGCGGAUACAGAAGAUUAUCGAUGAUAUGGUGAAGGUCAUGAGGAAGGCACCUGGGGUUGGCCUUGCUGCCCCUCAAAUUGGGAUUCCUUUGAGGAUAAUCGUUCUAGAAGAUACGAAAGAGUACAUAAGCUAUGCCCCAAAGCAAGAGAUUCAGGCACAAGACCGGCGGCCUUUCGAUCUUUUGGUUGUGAUUAACCCCAAGCUGGUAAAGAAGGGUGACCGAACAGCUUUCUUUUUCGAAGGGUGUUUGAGUGUGGAUGGAUUUAGGGCAGUAGUCGAACGGCACUUAGAGGUUGAGGUUACUGGUCUCGACCAAGAUGGACAAGCAAUCAAAGUGGACGCGAAGGGUUGGCAAGCUCGGAUUUUUCAGCACGAAUGUGAUCAUUUAGAUGGAACACUUUAUGUGGACAAGAUGGUUAAAAGAACUUUCAGAACCGUGGAUAAUUUGGAUUUACCGCUUGCUAUUGGUUGCCCCAAACUGGGCGUCCGUUAG